AUGAGUGAACCAAAGGAUACAUCAGCAACUUUGACAAAACCAGAGGAAUUGGUAAAGGCUGCCAAAGACAAAAUAGACGCAGACAAACAAGCACGUAAGGAUGCCCAGCCUCAGAAUGCUGCUAGUGGCACUGGUCAGGGCCUUCUAAGUGUGGGCGGGGGUGCCGUGAUGGGUGUGGGUGCAAUCAUCCUCGGACCCAUCGUUGGUGGAUCCGUUGGAGCCAAAGCAG